AUGCACUCCGCCAACCAAGUUCAGCCAUCCAUCGAGCAGGGAUACGUUGCCAAGCAGCCCGCUGCGCAGACCAUGAUGAACUCGAAAACACCUGCAACGGGAGAGUCGACACAAAAGGACGAUGUCUUGCGCUUGAGGGGAGGCUGUCCCGGAAAGUUCUGUGGACUGCCAAUCCUUCCAUGUCGAUGCGACAUUUGCAUCAUCCCCAUCCCAUGUUGCUAA